AAAGGUCUACAGGCGCACUGAAGCCCUCCACUCCAGCAACAUGAGAGGACUGUUGGUUUUAGCAGCCGUAUUUGUGGCUGUUUUUGGGAAGGAGACCUUUCAUGGUCACCAGGUCCUGCGGAUUACUACUGUAAAUGAGGUGCAGAUCAAACUCCUGAAGGAACUGUCUGAGCUGGGGCAUCUUCAGCUGGACUUCUGGAGGGAACCCAUUCAUGAGUCUCUGCCUAUAGAUGUCCGUGUUCCAUUCGAAAGUCUUCAGCCUGUCCGGUCCUUCCUGGCCUACAACGAGAUCUACUAUAAUGUCAUGAUCGAGGAUCUUCAGGAUCUUCUGGAUGUGGAACUGAGGGAGAUGAUGAGGUCUCGUGCUUUUGAGCCCAGAAGCACUGAUGACUAUGACUACACCAACUACCACACCCUGGACGAGAUCUACAGUUUCAUAGACAUGCUGGUGAAGGAGAACCCCAAAUUGGUUAGUAAAGUUGUAAUUGGCAAAAGCUACGAGGGUCGCCCCCUGAACGUUUUGAAGUUCAGCACUGGUGAUAAUCACCCAGGUAUUUGGAUCGACACUGGUAUCCACUCCAGAGAGUGGAUCACUCAGGCCAGCGGAACCUGGUUCGCCAAGAAGAUUGCGACUGACUAUGGACGUGACUCCGCCCUUACUGCCAUCCUUGACAAGUAUGACAUUUUCCUGGAGAUUGUCACCAACCCUGAUGGAUACGACUACACUCAUAAAACUAACCGCAUGUGGCGCAAGACCAGGAAGCCUAAUCCUGAAUCUGACUGUGUUGGAGUUGACCCAAACAGAAACUGGGGUACUGGUUUUGGAGGUGGUGGUUCCAGUGGUAACCCUUGCUCUGAGACUUACCGUGGACCUUAUGUUAACUCAGAGUCUGAGGUCAAGGCCAUUGUGGACUUUGUUGGGUCUCAUGGUAACCUCAAAGCUUUCGUAUCCAUCCACAGCUACUCCCAGAUGUUGCUGUACCCCUAUGGUGACAGCAGCACUCCUUGCAAGGACCAGGCAGAACUGCAUGAACUUGCAAAGAAGGCCAUCACUGACUUGAAGAGUCUGUAUGGCACAAGCUACACAUACGGCAGCAUCUACGACACCAUCUACCAAGCCAGCGGAACCACUGUUGACUGGACCUAUGACCAGGACAUCAAGUACUCCUACACCUUUGAGCUGAGAGAUACUGGAAUUUAUGGGUUCCUCCUGCCUGCUGAUCAGAUCAUCCCCACCGCUGAGGAGACAUGGCUGGCCCUCAUGACCAUCAUGGAGCACACCAAGAACAACCCCUACUGAAGCAGCAGCCAGAUUAGAGGAUGAGGCUUCAAAAGAUCUUUAACAGGAAUAAAUGAUUGACUGAGAAUAAUAAAGUAGACAAUGAUGAGACAA